AUGUCUGAAAGAGAUUACGCGCCGCUGAGCAUAGCCUGCGUCCGCGGGCUAUGCGAAAAAAUAUACGAAAAAAGGAAAUUUGCCGGUGUAGAAAUUGAAAAGAUGGUAAAAGACUUCAGUGAUGCGAACAACACGAGCCAGAUCAAGCGGCUGAUCCGGGUGUUAGGUCAAGACUUGAUGUCGUCCACCAGCCCCAACGUCAAGAACGGAGCCCUUAUGGGUUUGUCGUCAGUUGCUGUGGGACUGGGGAAGGGCUGUGUUGCGUAUCUGCCGGAGUUGAUCCACCCGAUCCUGGCGUGCUUCAGCGAGAGCGAGUCACGCGUGCGCUACCAAGCGGCGGAGGCGCUGUUCAAUGUGGUGAAGAUCGCGCGCGAGCACACGCUGCCGCACUUCCCGCUCGUGUUCGACGCGCUCGCUCGCUUGGCCGCCGACCCGGAACCGCAGGUCAAGCAGGGCGCAGAACUGCUUGACAGACUUGUUAAGGACAUAGUGACAGAGAGCGCGUCGUUCGAACUGGCGGCGUUCGUGCCGCUGCUGCGCGAGCGCAUGUACACGCGCAACGCUUUCGCGCGGCAGUUCCUCGUGUCGUGGGUGGCCGUUCUGGACGCCGUGCCCGACAUCCAUCUGCUGGAGUUUCUGCCCGAGCUGCUAGACGGCCUUUUCAAGAUGCUCGACGACCCCAACUCCGAGAUUCGGAGGAUGUGCGACGUGCAGCUGAGCGAGUUCCUGCGCAGCAUCAAGAAGGACCCCUCGCGCGCCGACUUCCAGGCCAUGAUCAACAUCCUCAUCACGCACGCGCAGUCGCCCGAAGAGAUGGUGCAGCUGACGGCGAUCACGUGGCUGAAGGAGUUCGUGGAGCUGGCGGGCGCGGCGCUGCUGCCGUUCGCGUCGGGCGUGCUGGCCGCCGUGCUGCCGUGCCUGGCCUACGCCGACGACCCGCGCAACAACAUCCGCGAGACGGCGGCCACGGUCAACUUCCAGCUGAGCAAGCUGGUCGUGGCGGAGGCGGCCCCCGCGCCGGACCCGCCGCGGAAGGGCGAGGGGGAAGAGGACGGCGAGGGUCUCCGGGUGGCCUCGGUGGUGGGGGUGCUCACCCAGAUGCUGCACCAUAACUCCGUCCAUACCAAAGUGGCCGCGCUCGACUGGAUACUGCAGCUUUAUAACAAGUUGCCCGCUGAGAUGCUGCAGGAGACGGACAAGGUGUUCACGGUGGUGGUGAGCAGCCUGACGGACGGCGCCGACGACGUGGUGCGCCGCAGCCUCGCCGUGCUGGCGGAGAUCUGCUCCAGCUCCACGCAGCGGCCGGGCGACCUGGACUCCAGCCCGUACUACUACAACUUCCUGCGCGCGCUGCUGCGGCUGCUGGCCGCCGACGAGAACCUGCUCGAGGACCGCGGCGCCUUCAUCAUCAGGCAGCUGUGCGUGCUGCUGAACGCCGAGGAGGUGUACCGCGCGCUGGCCUGCUGCCUGCAGCGCGAGCGCGACCUACGCUUCGUGGCCACCAUGGUGGACGUGCUCGGCACCAUCCUGCUGACGGCGGCCGAGCUGUACGACCUGCGCCAGCAGCUGCGCGCCUUCGACAAGCCGGCCACGCACGAGCUGUUCAAGCGGCUGUACGCGUGCUGGUGCCACAGCGGCGUGUCGCUGCUGGCGCUGUGCCUGCUCACGCACAACUACGGCCACUGCAACGCGCUCAUCUCCACCUUCGGCGACCUCGAGAUCACGGUGGAUUUCCUCACGGAGGUAGACAAGCUGGUGCAGCUCAUCGAGUCCCCGAUCUUCGCAUGUGAGUGUGAGCGCCGCGAGCCGCGAGCCGCGCCGCGCGACUCUGGCGAGCGGGUGUGUGUCGCAGACCUGCGCCUGGAGCUGCUGAGCGGCGCGCAGAGUGCGGCGCUGCGCGGCGCGCUGUACGGCCUGCUGAUGCUGCUGCCGCAGAGCGACGCCUUCCACACGCUGCGCAACCGCCUGCAGUGCGCGCCCGCGCUCGACCAGCCGCUCGCGCUCAGCGCGGCGGCGGCGCCGGCGCCGGCCGACAUCGACUUCGAGGAGCUGCUGCGCGAGUUCACGCGCGUGCAGCGCGCGCACCGCGACUUCCGCCUCGUGGACCGCAGCCGCGCCAAGCUGCUGGACAAGCCCUUCGCGUAGCCGCGCCGACGACUCGUCUCCGAUGGCGCUUCCGGCUCGCCUGGCGCGACCGCGGCCGACGACUCAAAUUUGACUAGCCCGUGGCUCUUAUUCUCGCGAAAGGUCGCAACUAUAAUUCUCAGAAUCUCAUCUUGCACGCUGCGUAUCGAAACGUGGCAACUUCAGGGAGAACCGGGUCCCGUUGCCGUCGAUAUAAGCUUAGUUGCGAGGUCAAUCACCUAUGCAGCUUCAAAUUUAAAGCACCGCUUAUACCUACUCGUUUCUUACUAGAACGAACCUAAUUAAUACCUGGCUAGUCCAAUUUGUCAAGCCCGCCCGGGGCCCCGCCAAGGCAAGCUUCGGAAUGCAAACGAUAUGGGAAGUAAAGAUAUUUGUAAAUAAACAAGGCCGACUGGCGCUUUAGCGAAAUGAGUAUUGCGUUCAAACAACUUCAACAUUUAGAUUUGAUUAGGAUGUAUGCAUUUGUCCUAACCAAACUCAACAUAAUGUAUAGUUACAUUCCAUAAUUCGUAAAAAAAAAAACAAAAUAUCUUUAAUAGUAUAUUGAAUAUUAAUAUAUUGCAACGUAAGAAUACAGUUUAACUAUAUAAAAAAGGGUUUUUUAUUUCAGUCGUAAAAAUUGUACAUAUUUUGCAGAUUUAAUACGUAGCACGCGUUUACUAUGCGAUACAUGCGCUUUACAUGUCUAAAGGUAACUUUAACAGGGAGUCUUCACAAUACGUACGCAUUGUCAAGAUACAUAUGCAAGAC